UGACACCCAAGCUUCCGACCCGUUGGGCCCAGCGCGGGGGACCGCACGUGGGCGAAGCCCCUUCCCGGGAGGGAACCCUCAGUCCCAGGCCGACCCAAGUGUGCGAGCGCCACCGGGCCCCGGCCGGCCACCGCCCGGCCGCAAUGGCGUUGGGGACCUCGGCGCGCCUCCCGGGGCCGCCCGCCGCUGGCAGGGCGCGCGUGGGGGCUGCAGCGCGCGUGGAAGCGGCCGCCGCAGCCGCCCUCUGCGCUGCGCCGUGAGGAGCGGGUGGCGGGGCGCAGAGCCGAGCCGAGGCCACGGUGGGGCGGGGGGCGCCUCCGAGGAGGGGGUGGGAGCCACGGCGGCCCGACCCUUCCCGCCGGCGGCCGCUCCCGCUCGGAUGAACUUCUAGUCUUGCUUUGAAAACGCCAUUUUGUGUAACUAUUGACUGAAUAAUUUCCUAAUACACCAGUUGGGAAGAUCACUGACAGUAUGCCAUUUGAGAGGUACUUUUUCUUGACCAAAUACUGGUGAUUAGAGAAGAGAGGUGCUUUAUUUUAUUUUAUUUUUUUCUUUCUGAUCAUUAUGAACAUUGGCUUUUCACCCCUGAAGUAAAAAUGUUGAAAGCCGAGUCUUCAGGUGAAAGAACCACUCUCAGAAGUGCCUCUCCUCACAGGAAUGCAUAUAGAACUGAGUUCCAGGCACUGAAAAGUACCUUUGACAAACCCAAGUCAGAUGGAGAACAAAAAACAAAAGAAGGUGAGGGCUCCCAGCAAAGCAGGGGGAGGAAAUAUGGCUCCAAUGUCAACAGAAUUAAAAAUCUGUUUAUGCAGAUGGGUAUGGAACCCAACGAGAAUGCUACAGUCAUUGCUAAGACAAGGGGGAAAGGUAGAUCUUCAUCCCCUCAGAGAAGAAUGAAACCCAAAGAAUUUCUUGAAAAAACAGAUGGCUCAGUGGUUAAAUUGGAGUCCUCUGUUUCAGAACGAAUCAGUAGAUUUGACACAAUGUGUGAUGGCCCUUCAUAUUCUAAGUUCACAGAAACUCGGAAGAUGUUUGAGAGGAGUGUGCAUGAAUCAGGACAAAACCACCGCUAUUCCCCAAAGAAAGAGAAAGCUGGAGGGGGUGACUCUCAGGAUGAGUGGGGGGGUUCCAAGUCCAACAGAGGCAGUACUGAUUCUUUGGACAGUCUUAGCCCCCGGACUGAGGCUGUCUCCCCAACUGUGAGUCAACUGAGUGCAGUAUUUGAGAAUGCAGAUUCCCCCAGUGCCACUGUUUCUGAGAAGGCUGAAAACAACGAAUAUUCAGUCACUGGGCAUUAUCCUCUGAAUUUGCCAUCUGUCACUGUUACAAAUCUUGACACUUUUGGUCACCUUAAGGAUUCUAAUGCUUGGUCUCCUCCAAGCAAACACAGUGAUGAUUCAGAGGAUGCUCAGAAGAGUAAUACAACUCCAGUACCACAAGUGGCUUCAAAGAGCACCUCUCUAGCUUCAAUGCCUAGUGAGGAGUCACAGCCUAGCAAGGAAGCCGGAGACUCCACUUCUAACCAAGAUACUCCAGACAGAAUUGAAAGAGACACCCCUGAAGAACCUUGUGAUCGAAACAAGGCAAUAAUACCAGAGUCUGAAAUUCCUGCACCACAAACUGAACCUGUAGAAGAUACUGAAGCUAAUUUGGUUGGGAGUGAGACAGCAAUGCAACAUAAGAAAGAGCUUGCAGGUGUUGAUUUUACCUCUGCUGAGGCUUCUGGAUCCUGCUAUGGAAAGGGAGAACCUGAAGAUUCAAAUAAUUUUGAAAGUUCCCAUAUUUACAUGCACAGUGACUAUAAUGUGUAUAGGGUAAGAUCGAGAUAUAAUUCAGACUGGGGAGAGACAGGCACAGAGCAGGAAGAGCAGGAAGAUAGUGAUGAAAACAAUUACUAUCAGCCUGAUAUGGAGUACUCGGAAAUUGUUGGAUUGCCAGAAGAAGAAGAUAUCCCAGCAAAUAGGAAAAUUAAGUUUAGUAGUGCUCCAAUUAAGGAAGAAAGCAAUAAAACUAAACUGUUUUACACUGAGCAAGCAGAAAUAACAGAAAUGAACUCUUCAAGGAGUUUAUUAAAGCCAGUGACUGACUUCUUAGAAGGGGGACAGCAGAUUAUGAAAAAUUAUCAAGUAGAAUACCACUCCAACAGCAAAAUGGGGCACCAGCCUUGUAUUUGGGUCUGUGUUGUACAAAGUAACUGCACAAUCACAGACUUCAUGAGUUUUAAAAAAUUUGUCACUGAACUGUGGCUACUCACCUGUGAAUAG